CCCCACAUGCCUAGAAUUCCCAACACACUUGUUUUCAGCCAUGCAGGAGAAGAGGCUUUUCUGUUUCCCAGGCAUGUCAACAGUGUGGAGAGUCAUGCUGCUGUGGGUCUGCGUCUGUCUCUGGCUUCCAGCUCAGGCCCAGGGGGCUCUGGUCGUUUCCCGCAGAGAUGCUCCAAAACAGGAGAGCAUAGAGGCCAUGGGCAGCAAGUCAAUAAAGAAAAGAAGCACAAACUCUGCAAAUACGGUUGAGGUGUACAGUGUGACAGUGGGCUGCACUGUAACGUCUCGUUUCGCUCACACCGUCGUGACCUCCAAGGCUCUGAACAAAGCAAACACCUCCCAGGAAAUCUUCUUUGAAAUGGAGCUGCCCAAGACCGCCUUCAUCACCAACUUCAGCAUGGAAAUUGAUGGUCAGGUGUAUGUUGGGGAGGUGAAGGAGAAAGAGAAAGCCAAGAAAGAGUAUGAGAAGGCUGUUUCCUCUGGACAGACUGCUGGACUGGUCAAGGCUUCUGGAAGAAAGAUGGAAAAGUUUUCAGUGUCUGUUAACAUUGCAGCCAAAAGCAGCGUGACUUUCAUUCUGACCUACGAGGAGCUCCUUCAGAGGAAACUGGGCCAGUAUGAGAUUCUGACCCGAGUUACACCAAAGCAACGGGUGCAGGAGUUUCAGAUUGUAGCAGACAUCUAUGAGCCCCAAGGCUUUGCUUUUGUUGAGGCCACUGCAACUUUCCUCACCAAUGACCUACUCUCCCUGGUGGAGAAAACCGUCACAGACACAAAGGCACACGUCUCUUUCUCACCAACACUGGAGCAACAGAGGAAAUGUCCAGGAUGUGAAGGCACUGUAAUUGAUGGCGAUUUCAUUAUCAAGUAUGAUGUGAAGCGAGAAACAAACCUUGGGGAUGUUCAGAUUGUGAAUGGAUACUUUGUGCACUUCUUCGCUCCACCUGACCUGCCCAGAGUCCCAAAGAAUGUGGUGUUUGUGAUUGACAGGAGUGGAUCGAUGAGUGGAAGAAAGAUUCAGCAGACCCGAGAUGCAUUGGAAGCCAUUCUGAAAGAUCUCCAUGAAGAGGAUCACUUUGCUCUCAUCCUGUUUGAUAGUAGUAUUUUCACCUGGAAGGACUCUCUUACCAAAGCAACAGAGGAAAAUGUGUCUGAAGCCAUUGCCUACGUCAGGGAACUAAGGGACAGAGGAGCCACCAAUAUUAAUGGCGCUGUGCUGAGGGCAGUGCGCAUGCUGGUGGAAGACAGAGAAAAUGACAAACUUCCAGAGAGGAGUGUGGAUAUGAUCAUUUUACUGACUGAUGGGAUGCCAAACAAUGGAGAAUCUAACCUCCAGACGAUCCAAGAGAAUGUGCAUUCUGCUGUUGGGGGGAAGAUGACUAUGUUCUGUCUUGGAUUCGGAAAUGAUGUGGAUUACUCCUUCCUGGAUGUAUUGUGCAGACAAAACAAAGGACUGGCCCGCAGAAUUUUUGAGGGUUCAGAUGCAACACUUCAACUACAGGGUUUCUAUGACGAGGUGUCCAGCCCUCUGCUCUUGGACGUGGACCUGCGUUAUCCUGACAACGCAGUGGACCACUUGACCAAAAACCACUAUAGCCAGUUGUUUAACGGCUCAGAAAUUGUGGUGUCUGGUCGGCUGAUAAACGGCGACCCUGAUAACUUCGUGGUGGAGGUGUUUGCUAAGGGGCCUGAAACAGACUUCAGGGCACAGGGAAAGGCCAGUAUGGUAAACUUGGAAGUGAGCUACCCAAAACAAGAGUACAUUUUUGGGAAUUUCUCAGAACGUCUGUGGGCCUACCUCACCAUCCAACAACUACUGGCGAAGAGUGGCAUUGGCACUCAGCAGGAGAAAGACACUGCGACAGCCAAGGCUUUGAACAUGGCUCUGCGAUACACCUUCGUCACCCCCCUCACCUCCAUGGUGGUGACAAAGCCUGAAACAGAGGAUGGACCAGACAGCCCUCUCAUUGCAGAUAAACUGACUGAGGACCAGCGACAGAAAGCAGAGAGACACAGUGGCCAGCCACAAACAGCACAUGGAUACAGACAGAUUAGUUCUUCAGCCAGUGCUGCCAGUUCCCGUGGACAAUCAAAUAACCAGAAAAUGAAACUUGUGGGUUCCUCCCGGUCAAGUGCUGCCAGUUCCCGUAGCCGAUCAAAUGUGGACGGAGAUCCUCAUUUUAUGAUCGAGCUGCCAGAGAGAGACGACGCUCUGUGCUUCAACGUCAACGACAAACCAGGAACCAUCUUCAACCUGGUCAGAGACCCAAAAUCAGGCUUUGUGGUGAAUGGCCAAAUUAUUGGCAAGAAGAAAGUUGUUCAGGAUGCCAAUACCAACACAUACUUUGGCCGUCUUGGUAUCAUCCACCAGAAGCUGGGGGUGAGGCUGGAGGUGAGCACUCAGGACAUCUCAGUCUUCCAUGAUGGAAAGCAGUUCAAGCUGCUGUGGUCUGAUGCAGCUUCAAUCAAAGAAACCAAUGUGGACUUCAGCCUGACUAAGAACUGCUGCUUGACAGUGACACUGAGGCACUCAGUUAAAUUUAUGGUCAUUAGACACAAGAAAGUUUGGAAGAGACGUCGGGAACAUCAAGACUACCUGGGUUUUUACACCCUGGACAGCCACCACCUGUCUGCCUCGGUUCAUGGUCUGCUAGGUCAGUUCUACCAUGGGGUUGAGUUUGAGGUGACAGACCUGCGUCCGGGUGAGCUCCAGAAGAACUUAGAUGCCACCAUGUAUGUGAAGGGACAAACACUCAACGUGACCAGACACUGGCAGAAGGACUUCAGCAGCCAUGUGAAGGAUGGAGAAAAUAUUCCCUGCUGGUUUGUUAACAAUGAUGGAACAGGCCUCAUCGACGGGGGAGCCUCAGACUACGUUGUGUCAGAGCUUUUUAACACUGCUUUUUGAAUGGUGAUAAUUCAAAAUUUCAAUUGCACUUGGGCCACAUCAUUAGGGUGAGAGAGUCACCGUGUGUCUUUAUUCAAAAAUGACACACAUCCAGAAACAAAUAUCAUAAAAAACAGGAUAAUUGUUUUUUUUUAUAUAAUGGCAAUACAAAAUAACAAUUUAUCAUUAACACUGGCUGCCACAUGUUUGUUAUUUUUAGAUUGACUGCUUUCACUAUUAGAAAGCACAAAGUAAAGUGUGUGUGAUUACAGAAAUAAUAUAGUCUGCAAAGCUUUCCAAUAUUAGACUGUCAUAGAAUUAUAUAAGUCUUCAUACUUCACAUACCAAAUUAACUUUAUAAUCAAAUAAAUGUUCUGCUGUAAAAUAUCUUUCCUUCCUGUCAGUGCAGGAAUGACACUGGAUCACACACACAAUGAUUCAGUGUAUCACAUUAUAAGAUGAGGACGAGCAGCAACGGUCACAUUUGUACUUAAGUACAUUACUUGAGUUAAUGUACUUAAUUACAUUCCAGCACUGGAUGAACUGGUGGUAUCAUGAUGCAGCAUGUCACAUGUGAUAUUUAGGGUCACGUGUGCUGUGAAAGUUCACUAAUUAGUCUCUAAAUAUUUUUUACCUCGUAGAUUAUAACUACAUAAGAUUAUAGGCCAUUUCAAAGCGUUCAACCUAAUCAUUCAGUGUGUUUGCUAAUAUCAGUGGCUGAUUCAGAGUUGAACCUAUGUUUAAUGUGCUGCACUACAUACUGUGUAGUAGUAAUACAGAAAUUCUAACUGCUUUUGCAGUCACUAACAUGACAGGGUAACAAAGUAUCUUUAGAUUUGUUCAGUAAUUGUCUCAAGAACUGUUUUUUUCUCAGCAACCAUCCCCAACUGUAACUAUUCAUAUUUUGCACUUCAAUAAUAAAAUAUCUUUUUAUUAUAAAAGGAUUGUACAUGAUUGUCCAUGGUGCAUGUGAUUGUAUUUGUUUUAACUUGUCCUUGGAGGAAAAGCACAGAUGUAACUAAUAGGGUCACGCAAAGUUAGUUGGAUGUCUUUGACAUGUUCCACUGGCACAUCCUGGUUCAGCUGGUUUCUAACGAUGUAACAAUAAAGUAUACAUUUAUAAAAAAAGAA